AUGGCCCAAGAACCGCCCCAAAAAGCAACCAUAAUCGGGAUUUCAGGACCCUCAAGCAGCGGCAAAACAACCCUCGCCCGCCUCCUGCAACGCAUCUUCUGCGGGGUGAAUCUGACAACCAAUGACAACAACAAGACGAACCUAAACACGUUUAUAAUCCACGAAGAUGAUUUCUACUUCCCGGAUGAUCAAAUCCCAACCGUAACUCUCCCCUCAGGCAAACAAAUCCAAGACUGGGACACAGCCAGCGCAAUCGACAUCCCCUUCCUCUCCAAAGCACUGACAUACGUCCGCGAACACGGAACCCUACCGCCCCGACUCCGCAGCAAAGAAGACCAAAAUGACCAGGGAGAGAGUGGCGUCGAUGAUAGCCUGAUCCUCCAAUUGAGGGAUACAGUCCAGCGGGAACUGUCGUCGAUAUCAUCUUCGACGGAGGGCUUGAUGCGCACAGUCGCGUUUCUGGAGGGAUUUCUUCUUUUCAGUCCGCCUGAUGGUUCGAUAUCUGCAUCUGCAUCUAUGGGAAAUGUAAAUGAGAAUGUGACUGCCCAGCAAGAUAAAGACAACCACAUCCUCCGCCCAGUCCACAACGCAAUAAAUCUACACCUCUUCCUCCCUGCACCGUAUGAACUUGUCAAAGCGAGACGGGAGGGGAGGAGUGGGUAUGUGACCAUUGGGCCCGCGCCUGAAAUCUGCGACUCUAGCAAUGUCACUGACAAUGGCACGAAACCCGGGUCUGGGGAUGUCGAUCUCGAGGGCGAGGAUGAUCGGCCGCCGCAGAACUUUUGGACGGAUCCGCCGGGGUAUGUGGAUGAUAUUGUUUGGCCUAGGUAUGUGGGGGAUCAUUCUUGGUUGCUUGUUGCCGAUGAGAAGGGACAGGAGGAGGGAGGGGAUGGGGAGGAUCUUGCGGAUCUUGUUAGGAGGGUUGGAGAUGGGAGGAGGGUGAGGAGAGAUGUUGGGGUUGAGGUUGCGCCUGGAUGUGGAGAGGAGGGAAUGGAGGUUGUGCUUCGGUGGUCUGUCGAGUUGAUUUUAGCGUAUUUGGCCAAGGGGAAGACAGUAUAA